AUGGGUCCUCUUCCGGGUGAGACGGCCAUUUCGGCCAAGCGCGCUGAGCUCGCUGGUAAGGGUGGAAUUUGGGGGUUGCUCAGUAAUAAAAAGACCUCGUUGAUUGGAUUGUUUGCUUCGCUGGGUGGUCUUGUGUAUGGAUACAACCAAGGAAUGUUCGCUCAAGUCUUGACCAUGAAAUCCUUCCAGGAUGCCACCGACGGAUAUGCUGCAACAACAAGUAUCCAACAGGGUAUGUUGACGUCGAUUCUUGAGCUCGGUGCCUGGGUAGGAACACUCGCCAAUGGAUAUUUGGCCGAUAAGCUCGGUCGCCGUUUGACCGUCUUGGUGGCUGUGAUCGUUUUCUGCGUUGGUGUUAUUGUACAGGCAUGUACACAAAACAAGAACUUUGUCUUUGGUGGUCGAUUCGUUACUGGUUUGGGUGUUGGUAGUUUGAGUAUGGUGGUUCCAUUGUACAAUGCUGAGCUGGCUCCUCCGGAAAUUCGUGGGUCUCUUGUUGCCGUGCAGCAACUCGCUAUCACAUUCGGUAUCAUGGUUUCCUUCUGGAUCGGAUACGGUACCAACUAUAUCGGAGGCACGGGCGCUGGCCAAUCAAAGGCUGCCUGGUUGAUCCCUAUCUGUAUCCAGAUUCUACCCGCUGUUACCCUCGCUAUUGGAAUGAUGCUCUUCAUGCCCCAGUCACCCCGUCACCUCAUGAAUACCGGUCGCGAAGAGGAGUGCCUGCAGACUUUGGCUCGCCUGCGUGGAACCACAACGGACGACCUGCUCGUGCGCAUUGAGCACCUCGAAAUCAAGAGCGCAUACUUGUUUGAGAGACAGACUGCUACUGAGAAGUACCCUCACCUGCAGGACGGGUCGUUCUCGAGCAACUUCAAGAUGGGUCUUCAUGAUUACAUGUCGCUGAUCACAAACAAGUCUUUAUUCAAGCGGACCACUGUUGCUUGUAUGAUCAUGGUGUUCCAGCAGUGGAAUGGUAUUAACGCUAUCAACUACUAUGCCCCUUAUAUUUUCCAAGAUAUGAAGCUUCCCGGAAACACUACCACUCUCCUUGCUACUGGUGUGGUUGGCAUUGUGGAGUUCCUCUUCACCAUCCCCGCCGUCCUGUUCGUUGAUCAAAUCGGCCGCAAGAAGAUUCUUAUCGCCGGUGCUAUCGGUAUGGCCUCCUGCCAUUUCAUUGUCGCGGGCAUCAUUGGAUCGUACCAGAAUUCAUGGUUGGAGCACCGGGCGGCUGGAUGGACGGCCAUUGUGUUUGUGUGGAUCUUCGUAAUCAACUUUGCUUACUCUUGGGGUCCCGUCGCGUGGAUCGUCACCUCGGAGGUCUUCCCAUUGAGCAUGCGUGCCAAGGGUGUCAGUAUCGGUGGUAGCAGCAACUGGUUGAACAAUUUCGCGGUCGCAACUGCCACCUCCCCCUUCGUCAAGGCUUCAACCCUCGGUACAUUCAUCUUCUUUGGAUGUGUCACCACCAUCGGUAUUUUCUAUGUUAUUUUCUUCGUCCCCGAGACUCGAGGCCGUACUCUUGAGGAGAUGGACGAGAUCUUCGGUACGACAGGCAUGGCCGCUGCUGAUGCCGAGCGCAAGCACCGCAUUGACAGUGAAAUCGGUCUCCUCGCCCUGGUCGGCGUCGAGAGCUCCAUCAAUGAGAAGGAGCCCGAGGUAGUGGCUUCACACGACGAAAAGAUCGUUGAGACUACGACUGGGGCCCCUGAGGCCCAUGUCGAAGCGACACAGUAA